AUGGAUAGGCGAAUUGAAGCGAGGAGAAAAGAAUUUAAGAAGAAUUGCGAUGACACGAGGAGAAAAAGAGAAGACUUGGUGGUCCAAAUAAGAAAGCAACAGAGAGAAUGUCAGCUGGAAAGUAAAAGAGCCUUGAUAAUGGCCAAUAUAGGACUCGAAGAAAAUUCCUCAUAUAAUGUCAAUUAUUUAAAAUCCAAUCAAAAUGACUCCACCAAUGAUUCGUUAUACAAUGCUGCAUCGAACAAUAGUUCCAGUACCAUCGAAAUGUUAAAGAAAAUUCCCUCCUUAGCGAUAGGAGUAAGGUCAUCCGAAUAUGUAACCCAAUUAAACAGCACAAGAGAGUUAAGGAAGUUACUGUCUAUUGAAAAAGGACCACCCAUACAGGAAGUAAUAAAUUCAGGCGUCGUUCCAUACAUAGUGGAAUUUCUAAAGUAUGAUGAUAAAACAGAUUUACAAUUUGAAGCCGCGUGGGUGUUAACAAACAUCGCUUCAGGUUCACAAGAACAAACCAAAGUUGUAAUUGAAAAUAAUGCUGUGCCUCAUCUUGUUAGACUAUUAAAUAGCGAAAAGGAAGAUGUGUGUGAACAAGCCGUAUGGGCAUUGGGAAACAUUGCAGGAGAUUCAGCGGAAUGUAGAGAAACUAGCCAUAAGAGAACAUUAAUAAGAAAUGCCGCUUGGACACUAUCAAAUUUAUGUAGAGGAAAACCAGCUCCGAAAUUUGAAAUAGUUUCCAAGGCGUUGCCAACCCUAGCUGCAUUAAUAUACAACGAUGAUGAAGAAAUAUUAACAGAUGCUUGUUGGACAUUGUCCUACUUAUCGGAUGGCUCCAAUGAAAAUAUCAAUGCUGUCCUCGAUGCUGGAGUAGCGGAACGAGUAGUCGAGUUGCUAAGCCACUGUUCUUUUUUAGUACAAACACCUGCACUCAGAACCGUUGGAAAUAUCGUAACAGGGGAUGACCUCCAAACGGAUGUCGUUGUUAAACUUGGUGCCGUACAAAAAUUGUCCUGCUUACUUAAUUCUUCAAAAAAAAGUAUAAAAAAAGAAGCCUGUUGGGCAUUAUCUAACAUUACUGCAGGGAAUAUUUCCCAAAUACAGGCAGUAAUUGACAAUAAUGUUAUUCCGCAACUUAUAAAUAUUUUAAUGAAGGAAGAUUUUGAGGUGAGGAAAGAAGCUGCCUGGGCAAUAUCGAAUGCUUCUUCUGGGGGAUCAGAGUCGCAAAUAGAAUACCUUGUAGAAUGUGGGGCCAUACACUCGCUGUCUAACCUACUAGAUGUAGAAGAUGCAAAUAUCAUUUCUGUCACCUUGGAAGGACUUGAAAACAUCCUCGAAAUGGGAGAAAAUAAAAAGUUAAGAGAUAACCUACCUGCUAAUCCGUAUGUUCAUUUUUUCGAAGAAUGCGAUAGCGUGCACAAAAUAGAUGCUUUACAGGAUAGAAAGGUGGACAACAUUUGCAACAAGGCUUGGAAAAUUUUGUACAAGUAUUUCCCCUUCGUCAUUAACAACGAAAUAAACAGCACGCAGAUCACUCUGAACAAUGUCUUCGCCAACAACGACGACGCGGUGCUAAAUAAGGACUUUACGUUCGAUUGA